CCAAGCAGCUCCGACGUGCGUAAAAAAAGAAGAAGAAAAAAAAAAGUCCACCAUGCCCACCAAGAACAUGACUGACGAGCGGAUCUCCAAAUUCAAGAACAAGGGGAAGGAUCCAGCAAAGCUUCGUGAGAAAAGGAUCUCGGUGUGCGUGGAGCUGCGCAAAGCCCACAAGAAUGAGAGUUUCCUGAAGAGGAGAAACAUAACGCUGUCCUCUCUUCCGGACGAAGAGGCCCUUUCUCCCGAUUACAUCUCCAACGAGAUGGUCACCUGUUUAUCCAUAGAGGAGAUAAUCAAAGACGUGAACAGCGACAGCAAGGAGUCCCAAACCCGAGGCUGUCAGGCAGCCAGGAAGCUGCUUUCUCAAGAGCGUAACCCUCCUCUGAAGGAGAUCAUAGAUGCUGGUCUGCUUUCCCGCUUUGUGUCCUUCCUGUCUAUGGACGAUGAGCCGACUCUGCAGUUUGAAGCAGCUUGGGCUCUGACCAACAUCGCCUCUGGAACAUCUUGGCAUACACAACAGGUGGUGGAACAUGGGGCUGUACCAGCUUUCAUCGCUUUGCUUGCAUCACCUUUGUUGCACAUCAGUGAACAGGCUGUCUGGGCUCUGGGAAACAUUGCAGGCGACGGUCCGGCUUAUCGAGACGUCCUGAUUGAGUGCAAUGUGAUUCCAGCCUUGCUGGCCCGUAUCUCCCCAGACACACCAGUUGGCUACCUGCGUAACCUAACAUGGACACUGUCCAACUUGUGCCGAAAUAAGAACCCAUUUCCACCCUUGUCUGCAGUCCUGCAGGUGCUUCCCUCUCUGAUCCAGCUGCUCCAUCUCAGUGAUAAGGACAUCUUGUCUGAUGCAUGCUGGGCCAUCUCCUACCUGUCGGAUGGCGACAAUGACCGUAUUGAUGUUGUAGUAAAAACUGGCAUUGUCUCUCGACUGGUGGAGCUCAUGAGCCACGAGGAGCUCAGCGUCAUGACCCCAGCUCUCCGGUCCAUCGGCAACAUAGUGAGUGGCUCCGACCUGCAGACCCAGACAGCAAUCGAUGCUGGAGUUCUGAACAUCCUUCCUCAACUGAUGAGGCACCCAAAGGCCAGUGUGCAGAAGGAGGCAGCGUGGGCGUUGUCCAACAUUGCUGCGGGUCCCUGUAAGCAAAUCCAGCAGCUUAUCACUUGUGGACUGCUCCCCCCUCUGGUAGAACAGCUUAGAAAUGGAGACUUCAAGACUCAAAGGGAGGCAGUGUGGGCAGUGACAAACUUCACCAGUGGGGGCACUGUGGAGCAGGUGGUCCAUCUGGUGCAGAGUGGAGCCCUGGAGGCAAUAAUCAACCUGCUGCAAGUUAAAGAUGCUAAAGUCAUUCUGGUUAUACUGGAUGCCAUCAACAACAUGUUCAUGGCAGCAGAGAAGCUCGGGGAGACGGAGAAACUUAGCCUGUUGGUUGAAGAGCUGGGAGGGCUGGACCGCAUUGAGAUGCUGCAGAACCAUGACAACGACAUGGUGUACCAGGCUGCACAUAACCUCAUAGAAAAAUACUUUGGUGAUGGUGACAUGGAGGGAGUCAAGGUUGACACUACCGACGAUGCAUUUGUGUUUCAGUGCUCUGAUGUUCAGAGAACAUUUGAAUUUUAAACUGAAAACUUUGCUCUUGUAUGUGUUUUAAUGUUGAAAGUAAAAUAAAUGAC